CGGUCAUAAAAAGCAAAUAAUGAAUUUAAUCGAAUAUUCGUAUAAAUCUCCCAACGAAAUCCAAGCUCAUGGGCCUAUUUUCUUUUCAGCCCAGCCCAUAUUUCCACUGCUUUGCUAACUUCCCCAAAUAUUGGCGCGAAAAAUCAUAAUCAGCAAAAUUAGGCGUCAAAUUCCAUUCCCGGCAUCACUUUUCCGGUAGUUCAAAUCCAAUUCCUCCGGCAUUGUAUCCACCGGAAUCGGUACUAAUGCCGACACGAAGAGCUUCAAAGCGAAGACGUACUGUGCAGAAAGAAGAAGCAGAAGAUAUCAAAGUUCAACAAGUGGAAGAUGAAAAAGAAGCAGAGGUGAAUGGAAGUUCAAAAGAGAAGUCACCAGUAGUGGUAUUUGCUCAUGGUGCUGGUGCUCCUUCCACCUCCGAUUGGAUGAUCAGAUGGAAGGAUAUGUUGACCAAGGAACUGAAUGCUGCUGAAGUUGUGACCUUUGACUACCCAUACAUGUCUGGUGGAAAGAGGAGGGCUCCCCCCAAAGCAGACAAAUUGGUUGAUUUUCACUCUAAUGUUGUCAAAGAGGUGGCUGCUAAAUACCCUGGGCAUCCGCUGAUCUUGGCAGGGAAGUCAAUGGGUUCAAGGGUUAGCUGCAUGGUAGCUGUUAAUGGCAUUGGUGCUUCAGCUAUCGUUUGCUUGGGCUACCCAUUAAAGGGUGCAAAUGGUGCAGCACGAGAUGAGUUGCUGUUACAAAUUGAUGUACCUGUUAUGUUUGUUCAGGGUAGCAAAGAUGGGCUUUGUCCACUCAAGAAGCUGGAAGCUGUAAGAAAGAAAAUGAAGUGUGUUAAUGAAUUAUAUGUGAUAGAUGGUGGUGAUCACUCCUUCAAAAUUGGCAAAAAGCACUUGCAGUUGACUGAGUCCACCCAAGAGGAAGCUGAAAAGCUUGCUGUUCAUGCUAUUGCAAGUUUUGUUUCUAAUCAUGCGAAAGAGGGGUGAAGUUUCUAAUGGUAAGAAACAGUUGAUAGUUUAAAAUAUUUUGUCCAGUUUGCGCAAAGAUGGUUCAUGAAUACUUCCUUGUAGUGUAUAGUUUUUUUUCCUUUUUUUUUUUUGGGGGGGGGGAGGGGGUGGGGGGGGAGUUUCCUAUGACAUUGUUGUAGCAUAUGUACAAAUGUUGCUCCCUGUGAAGUAUUACUAGUAAUUAGUAUCUGAAGCUUUAGCCUCUA